AUGGAGUUCGAUCCGCAACUUGAACCAGAGCCAGAGCCAGAGAGGCUAGAUUCCCAUGAAAAAGUGCCUCGGAAGUUCAAAGAUCUUUUCAAGUCAUGGAAAGGCCGAGCAGGCAAAUUGGAUCCAGCCCGUGCUGAAGAGCUUGCAGGUCUGGCAAACGUCGGGCUCAAGCAUCAAGACAUUUCAAUGUCUGUGCUCUGGCAAGCAUUUCAGUCGUUUCACGUACCUCCUGGUCUCUAUGGAAGCUUUCCUCUAACCCUUCCAGAAGUUCCAGCCGUUCCAGGAGUUGAAGCAGCGGGAACUCCUAGAGCUUACCACUCGACCAGAGUGCCGGGUUUGGUCGUUAUACCCUCACUUCUCCCUCCUGCUAUUCAGCAAGAGCUUCUUUCCAGAUUGUUACAUCGAGAUCUCAAUAAUCCAGAGCACAACACAAAUCUCCAUCUUCACUACAAUGUCCAAUAUCCGGAAGCAUCAUCGUCACAUAGACAUUCUUCCUCUUCCUUCUUCGCUGGCUCCCCUGAACGCGUCUCCUUUUUACCAAAGAAUCCCGCAGAGCACAAGCCCCUCACAAUGCAGCAGGCUCUCCAGAAGAAAUUGCGUUGGAUGACGUUGGGUGGACAGUAUGACUGGACCAAGAAGAAGUACCCGGAGGAAUCUCCUCCUCAUUUCCCACCGGAUAUUGCUGCACUUAUCCGAAAGCUUUUCCCAGAUAUGAAACCAGAGGCGGCGAUUGUCAACAUCUACUCCCCCGGGGAUACGCUGGGCAUGCAUCGCGAUGUGAGCGAGGAAGUCGACGAAGGCCUGGUGAGCAUCAGCAUAGGCUGCGAUGCCGUCUUUAUCAUUGGCCUGUGCGACCAUGAUUCAGGUCUUGAGGUUCAUUACGAAGUGCUGCGACUACGUUCUGGCGAUGCGGUUUACAUGACAGGCAGGUCGCGCUUGGCUUGGCAUGGCGUCCCGACCGUGGUUUCCGGUACUUGUCCAGGAUACCUGGAGGAAUGGCCGGUUCCCGAGACUACGGGAGCCUCCGUGCAGUCCGAUCAUAAAAGGUUGUAUUCCCUCCACCGCUUUUGCCCGACAAUUUUCUUGUCUGUUCGCAAUAGGAUGAUGAUCGACUGGAAACGGUUAGGGGAGAAGAAGCGGGACUCGGUCAACGCACUCAUCCCUAAACCAUGGCUUCUGACCUCACCUCUCCCGUCGGCGACUGAACAGCGAGAUGUCACCGGCAAAUUUAUCCAGAAGUAUCUGUCGCCUAGAGAAGUUGAAAUUACGGAAACCGAUGCCGUCGGUAUAGUCGAGAAAACAACCUCAGGAGUCAAUUGUCUUCACGAGAUCUUCUUUGACGCUGCUCUUGCCGAUGCUCAGAAACUGGAUGACUAUUAUGCAGAGUACAACAGACCGGUCGGGCCUCUUCAUGGACUUCCAGUCAGUCUCAAGGACCAGUUCCAUGUCAAGGAUGUUGAAACCACAAUGGGAUAUGUUGGCUGGAUCGGUACAUUUGAAGGCAAAACAGGAACCAACAAAGAGAAAGCCUUCGAGAGUGAAAUGGUCAGAGAACUUCGACAUCUCGGCGCAGUACUUUAUUGCAAGACCUCUGUCCCUCACACUCUCAUGGCAGGUGAAACAGUCAACAAUAUCAUUGGCUAUACCUGGAACCCCAAAAACCGCAACUUGGCCACCGGAGGAAGCUCUGGAGGGGAAGGUGCUCUCAUUGCUCUGAAGGGUAGUCCAGUAGGCUUUGGCACAGAUAUUGGCGGGAGCAUCCGUAUCCCAGCCGCUUUCAAUGGACUUUACGGUAUCCGUCCUUCGAGUGGGAGAAUGCCCUACGAAGGUAUGGCAAACAGUAUGGACGGCCAGAACUCGAUUCUCUCCGUCGUUGGCCCGCUGGGUACUUCCGUAGGAGCGUUGAGAUUAGUCAUGAAAGCCAUACUCAGUCAAAAGCCUUGGCUAUACGAUCCUCUCGUAACCGAGAUCCCGUGGCGUCAUGAGCAGGAACAAGCUGUGCUGGACAUCGUCAAGUCUAGUGGGGGUGGCCAACUCGUGUUUGGCAUUAUGGCCGAAGAUCGUGUAGUCCGGCCGCAGCCUCCUGUUCGCAGAGCAAUCGAUAUCGUUACCAAGCUGAUUGAGAAUCUGGGCCACAAAGUCAUGACUUGGGACCCUCCUGAUCACUCGGUGGCUGCCGAACUCGCACUCAAAACAUGGAUGUUCGAUGGUGGAUCUGAUGUACAUGGUGCAUUUGCCCUCUCAGGCGAACCAAUGGCCAACCAAAUCGCAUCAACCUAUGGUAUUCGUAAAGAAGAAUACACCGGCUCCCAAAUAUGUGCCGUUAACGUCGCCAAACGCCAAUACCAAAAAGCUUACAUGGACUACUGGAACUCAACUUCCUCAAUAACUGGCACCGGCCGUCCCGUCGAUGCCGUCAUCGCGCCACUCGCCCCGUUCGCGGCUGCCAGACCAGAUAUGUAUAAAUACUACGGUACGUAUGAUUUUGGACAUGUAGAGGUAAAAAAAACUAAACGUGUUUUGCCAGCCUAUACGGUCUGGGUCAAUCUCCUGGAUUACUCAGCUGCAGUGCUGCCCGUUAUGACUGUGGACAAGACGUUGGAUGUUGUGGAUCAGGGCUAUCAGCCACUGAAUGCGCAGGAUAAGAAGGCUUGGGAAGCUUGUGAGUGCUAUUUAUUAUCGGUGAAGAUGGGGCACUGGGCUGGCUGUUCAGGAAGCCUUUCUGACGUUGACACUCUUACAGAUGAUCCGGAUCUUUACGAUGGAGCGCAUGUUUCCUUGCAAAUUGUGGGAAGGCGGUUCCAGGAAGAGAAGGUACUUGCUCUUACCGAGUAUCUUGGCGACGCAUUGGGGAAGCACGUUGUAUGA